AUGACCCGAGAAGAGGAUGAGAAGAUUGAGCGGUUUCGAUCCGUUGUUUGUGAUCAACUACAAGGCGAAUUAUCGAAGAUAGAAAAGGAUAGACAGCAAAUCGUUACAGAAUUGCAAGAAUUCGCAUCUUUGCUGGUCGUUGUGCGAAAUAUGCAGAAUAACAAAGCCGAUAAAAUCAAUAUUCGUACGUCUCUUGGGCAUCAAGUGUUCGUUAACGCAAAGUUAGUCAUCAUGGUCACCACUGAUCGUAUCAAGGAAUCCGCCGUGCGUUCACUGAUUACAAUAGGAUCUCGAGGGGAUAGAGGGGUAUUACUGGACGCUAAUGCUCUGCGACUCCUAACAGCUCUAGCAAAUGCUCUAGUUUUGGAAACACUACUGAGAGCUGCACAGUACACCCAACUAGAUGGACGCUCAACAGUCGUUGCUACAGAUUUCCAACGGAUUUUGCCAAGUAUCUUAUUGGAUUUUUCUAUGUGA